UCCAGUACCUCGUAGUAGCCGACGUCGGGUGCCUAAAUCGAAAGCUCGCUUAUAUUGAUCUUUGCCUAAGGGAGUCGAGGAGAAUAAAAUUCUAUACUAUACUUUUUACCAUGUACAGUACAUUGUACACAAAAUCCACGCUUGGUACAUGCAGCAGAAGUAGUAUUUUUUGUUGGUGGUCUUGGACGGCAUAGCCAAAAUUUACGCGUAAAGACCUAUAUUCAGCUGGAAAAUAAGAAAAGAAACUCGCAGCCCCCAGUCAACGGUCACCUGUUUCAUUUUCUAAGGAUGCAUAUCAAAAGACAAUUGGCAGCUGGUAUUGUCCUCCUGAACAUAGCGUUAUUUUCUUACGUGUAUUACAACGCCCAGGAGCAGAAAGGGUACGCUCCGGUAAACGCUCAAACCAGCAACGAGAAAGAUCGAGGCUACGCAAAGACAGAGAAUGAAUAUUCACAAACGUUUUCGUCUAAAAGGCCAGGCAUUCAGCCCUCAAAGAUGAAAAAUACCGAUGACUUGCACAACUUAACGGCCAACACACGAAAGGAGGGGAUCGAAAUUCACAACAUCGACGUUCAGCAGAAGACUAGAGUCGGACCGGCCGAAUUCUGGAGGCCCGAGUUGAAUUUAUCAUCAUUGCCACCAGGCUUGUACAAGAGGGGGAAACCGGUAUUUGAUUCUCUGCCAAAGACAUAUCUGCCAGGGUAUAAGAGUGCGUGCUGGAAGCUGAAGGGAGAACUCAAAUGUUGGCCCUAUUUCUAUCUACUUGGAAUGCCCAAGUGUGGAACGACCGACUUGUGGUCGAAGAUAACCAUGCACCCCGAUGUGAAAUACACCGUAAAAGAGCCCCACUGGUGGGCUAGGGUUAGAUUGGGUCUCACGCUUGCUGGUCUACGCCCCUCGAAAAAAGCAUUUCUAGUGACAGGGAAUCUCGCUGGCUACGCAUCCCGAUCUAAUGAGAUGGUCCAGCAGUUCAAGUUACAUCCAUCUAUGAAAUCACGACUCAUUAUCGGUGACGGCUCCGCGUCGACCUUCUGGGACAACAGUUUGUGGGAUACAUGGGAUGGAAAACGCUAUGAAGGUCCAGAAUACGUCACCGCUGACGUCAUUAAUGUAGCCCAACCGGACGCCAAGCUGAUCGUCAUUCUUCGCAAUCCUGUAGAUAGGGUGUACUCCGAUUACUUAUAUUUCAACCCCAUACACAUAGUCAGUGUUGAUCAUUUCCAUACAAUGGUUGUGGAAGUGAUAGACAGAUUCAACACGUGUCUGCAAACGAUGAGCUUUCGGGGAUGCACAUACAGCAUAAAACAGAUUGAUAACCAACCUUUACAUACUCGGCUCCUUGUAGGCCUCUACGCCGUCUACGUUCGUGAUUGGUUCAGGGUCUACCCACGUGAUCAGCUCAAAAUCAUGAGAUUGGAAGAUUGGCAUAUCAAUUGCACUGGACUCCUCCCAGAAGUAUUCGAUUUUCUUAAUCUGGAAAAGAAGUCCGGUAAGACGAUAGCGCAAUUUUGCGAGAAGAAAUUGCAAAACGGCAACAAGGUCGGGUUACAUGCGAUUGGAGAUAUGCUUCCCAAGACGAGAAAGCUUUUAGAAGACUUUUAUGAAAGUCCAAACAAGGAACUUAGUCUGUUACUAGGGGACGAUAAAUAUCUAUGGCGAACCUGAUGAUGAUACUUUGCUCUCUUGAACAGUACAGCACUGUCUGAAUAAAUAAAAAAGUUACAAAUUACAAAAAACCGCAGCUCGAGUUCAGAUUUGACGUGGUAAUACAAAUACAUG